AUCUUCCCUUCCAAAUCAAGAGAGAACAGAUCGAAGAAAAAGAGCAAGAAACUGAUCAAAGAAAACAACACGCAGCAAAUGAAAGCAGGUACCACAAGAAUUCGUGACAGCUAAAGCCAUGGCUAAAAUUAGCAAGCCAAUGGCGUUGGCAGCCAACUAACUAGCCACCAAAGCGCGCGCAUACGCGAACGAGCUAGCUCACGUACGACGCCCCCGGCCUCCUCUCCUCUUGCUCCUUUUGAACGCGAAUUGAGGCCAAGAAAAGGUCGCCGCCGAUGUUGUCGCCGUUGGUCCGCCGGAGCAAGGUCUCCGGGCGGCUCACACAGUCUCCGUCCUUCUCCUCGCCAGCGGCGUCGUCGCCCACCGGCAAGGGCCACCACCAGGGCAUCGGCACUGUCCUCGACGAUGCGGCGCCCGGCGCCGCUGGCGCCAGAGGCAAGAGCGUCAUGCACCGAGCGCGGUCGACGUCCAGGCUGCGGACGUGCAAGUCGUUCGCGGUGGCUGAGGAGGCCGCGGCGGCGGCCGCGGCGGGCGAGCGCCGCGUCGUGCUCUACUUCACCUCCCUCCGGGCCGUGCGCGCCACGUUCGAGGACUGCCGCGCCGUGCGCACCAUCCUGCGGGGGCUCCGCGUCGCCGUCGACGAGCGGGACGUGUCCAUGGACGCGGUCUACCUCGCCGAGCUCCGCGCGCUGAUGCGGCGCGACCGCCCGGCCCUGCCGCAGCUCUUCGUCGGGGGCCGCCUCGUCGGGGACGCGGACGAAGUGCUCCUCCUGCACGAGAGCGGAGAGCUCCGGCGCGUCUUCGCCGGCGCGGCGCAGGCGCCGCCCACGCCGUGCGCGUCGUGCGGCGGCUCGCGGUUCGCGCCGUGCGGCGCCUGCGGCGGCAGCCACCGCCGGUUCAGCGAGAAGACCGGAGGGUUCCGCGUCUGCGCGGCGUGCAACGAGAAUGGACUCGUCCGGUGCGCCGCCUGCGGCUCCGUCGGCUGACGUUCGCGCGUCCCAUCUCGGAGUCGAUCGAAGAGAUGGAAGAGAAAACGCUCAACUGCUGAUGGAUUCCAAGU